GUGUGUGUGUGUGUGUGUUGGGGGGGGGGAGAGGACGAUUUCGCAAGGGAAGGUGGGGUCAUAGCUCUGGACGGACCUAUAAAAGGGGACACCGGUCCCAAGGCUCCUCCACCCAUCCAAGACCAACUUUGCUCUCUUACCGAUCGGCGUCGGAGAAUCAGAAGCAGCGAAAUUCGAGAUGUCUCAAACUCAGAUGGAGAAAUGUUGCGAAUGCAUCAUCGACGUCUUUCACAAAUACUCCAUCCAAAAGGACCACCACGACAGGCUCUCCAAGGCCGAGUUCGCCAGGAUGUUGAAGGAACAGCUCCCAAACUUCAUUCAGGGCAGUAAGAAACCUGAGGCCAUCGACAGCCUUUUCAAGGAGCUAGACAAGAAUAAGGAUGGGGAGCUGUCCUUUGAAGAAACCAUGGCUUUCAUCGGCAAGGUCUUGAUCGAGUGCCAUCAUAAGUUCCACCAUCACUGAGGCAGCGACGGGAAGCCCUAACCUAACCAUGGUUUACCGCCCCCCCACCCUUCGAGGCUUCUGGGCUCAGUCCUAGGCGGUGGGGCCACAAUAAAGAAUUUAAUCUUCUCCAAAAAAAAA